AUGAUAUCAACUUCAAUUUGUUCUACAUCUGACUAUUAUUCAAGUAGUGAUAUUGAAUAUGAUGAUGUUGAUGAUGAUGUCGUCAAAGCUGCUCCACAACAUUUUUCUUCAAUAAAAGAAACAAAUCUUAUUCUUCAAACACUUCUUCAACAUCAGCAUGUAUCAUCUUUAAUUUCUUCUACAAUUAAAAGUCAACAAUCAAUGAGAUUAUUCAAGUUAGUUCAAGAAAAUCAUUUAUCUAAUGAAAUCUUCAUUCGAGCUAAUGCUAUUCUUCACAAAUUUCUUCUUUCAAUAUGUACAAAUGAAAUAGAUGAAUCAAUUCUUAUUGCUUGUUUAUCUUUGGCAACAAAACUAAAUGAACAUUCUACUCAUUCGAAUAUAACUCUUUUUAAUAGUAGCUCAUUAAUAACGAAUGAAACCUUGAUAUGCAAUAAACUUGAUUGGGAUAUUGAUAUACUAACACCAAUAAAUUAUGUCGAAGCAAUUCUAUUACAUGUGUUGAAUUAUUCAAUAAAAGAUCGUCUGCGACAAUUGACUUAUGAAUUAAUUGUGCUAUGUUUAACUGGUUAUUUUUGGGUAUUUACUGAUUCACAUAUUGAUGUUCUUUAUCGAAAUGAUGGUGAUCCAACUACUCGUUGUCGUAAUGUAUCAGUAACUAAUAUGACAAAAACAAAUCGAAAAUUUGGUCAUUUUGAUUGUGAUACACCAAGAGAAUUAUUAAUAUCAACAUUAUCUGCUGCAAAGAAAAUUGAUUCAAAUAUUGAUUUUAUUAUUUGGCUUGGUGAUGCAACAAGUCAUCUAGCGCAUAGUAGUGAUACUAUUCUAACUGUUAAUCAAUACUUUUCUCAAGAAUUACGAAAACAUUUUCGAAAAACUCUUGUUAUACCUGUUUUAGGAAAUCAUGAUGUUGUCUUAAAAACAAAUCGAUCAACACGUUUUAUACAAUUUUAUAAUGAAACAAAAUAUAAUUUGUUAUUAAAUGAUAAUGAUGCACUUCGAACAUUUUUAAAAGGUGGUUAUUAUUCAUUAAACUUUCGACCCUUAAAAAAUAAACCACAAACAGUUUUACGUUUUAUUGCACUUAAUACCGCAAUGUUUCAACCACAAUAUAUGGAUUAUUUUGAUUCAAAUGAACCUAAUGAACAAAUUGAGUGGUUUAAUAAAACGAUGUUUGAGGCGCAUAAUCUCAAUGAUCGUAUAUUACUUUUAGCUCAUGUACCAUUUGGUAUAAAUGAAAAUUUACUAUAUAAAUUUUAUCAUAUAAAAUAUGAACAAAAGCUUUUAUCUAUAAUUAAUCAAUAUUCAUCAAAUAUAAUAAUAUGCUUAAGUGCUCAUCGUCAUCAAGACUUAUUUCGUGUUUAUUCAUCAUUAAAUAUAACGAUGGGCAUUAUUGGACAUCCAUCUAUUAGUCCUAUUGGUUAUUUAAGUCAACCAUCGAUUCGAAAAUACUCAUAUGAUAGAAAAUCACUCAUAUUAACUGAUUACGAACAAUAUUCAUUAAAUCUACAUGCAGCUGAACGUACACAAAAAGACCAAUGGACAUUUUCUUAUAGAUUUUCAUCAUGGUAUCAUCAAUCGAAAGAACUUACAUCAAAAAAUUUAUUGCAACUGAUUUAUUUAAUACGAACAAAUUCUUUUUAUUUAAAACGUUUUCUAUUAACAAAACAUUAUACAGAAAAGAUAGUUUUAACAAAUCAUCGAAUAGUUCAAACAUUAUGUGCAUUAACACUCUUCAAUUUUGAUGAAUUUAUGUCAUGUACAAGAGUAUUAGAAAAAAAAGGUGUUCAAUAUGAUAAUAUAGCUUUUAAUAAUUCAUUAGAAAGCAAGUCUCAUACAGAUGAAACAAAAAAAUUUUGGCAUGAAAAAAUGAAACACUUAUUUCAUCUCUAUGAUGUUGAUAGAGAUGGUUCAAUAACUCCAAUCGAUUUUGAGAUUCUUGCUGAUAAACUUUCAACACUUGUCGGACAAGAUGAUGUGAAACGACGUGAAGACUAUGCAAAUGCAAGAAAAACUCUGUGUCAAGAAAUCAUGAGAGCAGAUGCUAAUCUAGAUGGAAAAGUAACAUUAGAAGAGUGGCUUAAUUUUCAUGAAAAUCUUGCUAAUGAAUUACGUAAACCUGAUACAAAUCCGGAAGUAUUAGAACAAAUAUCUCAACGUAUAAAUACAGCAUUUAAUAUGCUUGAUCUGAAUCAUGAUGGUUAUAUAGCAAUUGAUGAAUGGAUAAAAACUUGUGAAUUUUUUGGUGUUGAUGAAAAAACAGCAGAAAAAUCUUUUCAUCAAAUAACGAAGCAAGAUAAACUUGAAGAAGAUAGAGCUAAACAAUUAUUUGUUGAAUAUCUAAAAACAGAUGAUCCAAAUCAUAUAUCAAAUUGUUGUUUGUGUUUUCUUUGA